AUGGCCCAUUCCCGUCCAUCCAGUGCCUCUCGAAAGCUGUACCUAAAGGGGAAAAUAAGCGGGAGAAUAUUCUCAAAUGAAGGGGUUACCCGAACCAAGUUCAUCGAAUAUUGCCGCACCAACCCACGUCAGGUGUUUGAGGCACUUCUCGCGGCGCAGGAGCACUUCAUCCGAAGCAUAGCUAGCCUUCGAGGUCGACGCGACGAGUACUAUAUGGAUAUUCCCGAGGAGGCAGAUGAUACGACAGGUGACGAGCAGUAUGAGGUCGACUAUAUCCUCGAUUCUAGGACGCAUGACGGCAUUUUACAAUACAGAGUCAAGUGGUCAGGAUACAAGGAUGACCCGGAGUGGUACAAUGCAGAGAAUUUUGAAAGGGCACCCUACAGGCUACAGGAAUUCCAUUUCAGAUAUCCAUGGAAGCCAGGGCCGCCGAAGGAUCUUGACGGAAAUUAA